AUGAUCAUCAUAGAGGAUUUGUACCUCUACAUGCCAGCCUUGCUCUGCGGCCCGGGACCCCGCCCCCGGCCGCCCUCACUGGGCGCUCCACCCGCCGGCCUCGUUCAUUGGACGCUCCACCCGCCGGCCUCGUUCAUUGGACGCUCCCGCCCCGCCCCCGCGCGGUGCCCAGCGUUCGCCCCGCCCCUCUGUGAAGGCUGCAGCUUUGUGGUCCUCCUGGAGACCCUGUUACCUGUGUUUAUGGUUCAUAGCGCAGCACGAAGCGGAAGGGAGCAGUCCUUUGAGAUGGACGCGGUGUCAGCCACUGUGGCCGCGGUCUUCGUGUCUCCAGGCAACCCCGAGCUGCUGAAGCCCCUGUCGAAGCUGUACACGGCCUUCGUAUCCCUGGUACUGGAGGUGAGGCGGGGGAACCAGGGUCGGGCGAGGGCGCGGGUCGCUGCCGUCACUGAACAGCAGACUGCCGAGCAGGUGAAGACUACCAUAAAGGACAAUGCAGAACUUGCAGAAAAAUUGUCAAGUUAUGAACAGAAGAUCAAGGAAUUGAACAGGCUUAUUCAGGAGACCAAGAAUCAAAAUAUGAUUCUCUCUGAUGAAGCAAUUAAAUACAAGGAUAAAAUCAAACUGCUUGAAGAAAGCAAUGAAUUUCUGGAUAUGGCCAAAACUCUUGGUGAUAUGUUAGAAUCUCAGAGGAAGCACAACAUGAAAAGUCAGGAUUUGAUACUGGAAAAUGAGAAAUCUGUGGAGAAGGUAAAGGAGGUUAUUUCAAUGAAUGCCUCAGAAUUUUCCAAGGUAAGGCUGCCCACACUCCCUGCCGGUUCAGGCGGCCUGAAUGAAGGCAAGUUGAGUGAGGAGAAGGUGAAGUCUGAGUGCCACCAGGUUCAGGAAGAAAACGCAAGGCUGAAGAAGAAGAAAGUGCAGAUUUUGACGUUGGAGAAGUCUCAGAGGGAUCUGGAAGCCACUCUCGCUGAUAAGGAUGAUAGCAUUGGUACACAUCCCGCAAUAUCCGUACUUCAGAAGGACCUCAAACUCCUGCAGGUGAAGCUGAGAGCCUCCCUGUCUGCCAAAUGUGAUUUGGAAGACCAGAUCAUGAAGCUGGGUGAGGACUGCGGCACGGUGCAGGCAGACAAGGCCCGGCUGGAGAAGGAGUUUAGCAUGCUGCAGCAGAAGGUGGAGAUCCUGAAGGAGCUGUCCCAACAGAAUGAGAUGGAGCUGCAGAAGAAAUUGAGUCAGGAGGAAUUUGCACAGCAGCAUCGAGAGCAGGCGCUGUGGGCUGUGGAUGAGAAGGUGGUGCCGGCCACAGAGGAAGUGAAAAUCUACAAGCGGAGAAUCUGUGAAGUGGAAGCAGAAUUAGAGAAAACGGAGAGCUCAUUUAAAAACUAGCUUGCUACUCAGGAGAAAAAAGCCCACGAGAACUGGCUCAAAGCCCGCAAUGCAGAGCUCCUGAUUGCAGAGGAGAAGCGGCAGGCCGCCAACCUGCGGCAGAGGCUGGUGGAGAUUACCCAGAAGAUGGAUAUGCUUCAAGAGGAGCCUGGGAUCAUUAAGCGGAUGCCGGACUGGCCUGGAGUGCAGAACGGCCCCCACAGAGGUCCCCUGAGCCAGAACAGCUCCUUUGGCCCGUCCCCUGUGAGUGGCGGUGAGUGCUCCCCGCCCCCAGGGGCAGAGCCCCCUGGAUGGCUGUCCACUGCGAGCCUGAACUUCGCAGACAUUCCCAGGGCCGACUUCGAUCCCGGCCCUGGCCUCGUGGCCAACAGCAGCUCCCGCGGCUCCUCCCCGGCGAAGGACAUGGACAACGGGCAAGUCCCACGCAUGGGCCCACCACUGGGCUUAAGAGAGUACACGCCACGACCUGCCACUGCACCCCCGAGUGUUCUUGCCGGGACCUGUGCCAUUCAGGCCUCCAGGCCCGCUCAGCCCCCGAGAGUAUUUCAUUCCUGUUCCUCGAAUGCCACCACCACCCGCUGGGCCCCAGGACUACCCACCACUGCCUGCCAGGCCCCAGGACUACCCACCACCGCCUGCCAGGCCCCAGGACUACCCACCGCCGCCUGCCGGGCCCCAGGACUACCCACCGCCGCCUGCCGGGCCCCAGGACUACCCACCAACGCCUGCCGGGCCCCAGGACUACCCACCAAUGCCUGCCGGGCCCCAGGACUACCCACCGCCGCCUGCCGGGCCCCAGGACUACCCACCGCCGCCUGCCGGGCCCCAGGACUACCCACCGCCGCCUGCCGGGCCCCAGGACUACCCACCGCCGCCUGCCGGGCCCCAGGACUACCCACCGCCGCCUGCCGGGCCCCAGGACUACCCACCAACGCCUGCCGGGCCCCAGGACUACCCACCGCCGCCUCCUGGGCCCCAGGACUACCCACCACCGCCUGCCAGGCCCCAGGACUACCCACCACCGCCUGCCGGGCCCCAGGACUACCCACCACCACCUGCUGGGCCCCAGGACUACCCACUGCCGCCUGCCGCAGGUGAGCCCCAGCUCUCAGGGCCCAGAGAGGCCCCAGCCUCACCUCCAAGCAGCCGGGAACCUGCCCAGGCUCUGAGGCAGAGCCCUUAAUGGCUCCACUCAGAAGGCCAAGCUUUUUUUUUGGCUUGGAAGCCAAACAUUUCAGAAGACUCAUCUUCCUCUCUAAAAAUUGCCCUCUUAACCCCUUAUCCACUCCUGUUCCGCUGAAGUCCUUUGUAGUAGUAGCUAAUAAAAACUUGUUUGUUACUACUCCCCGCCUCCACUGGCCCACUGCUUGCUGUGAGGGCUGUUGGAACUCUGGCUCCCUGGACUGGAGGUGCCACGGCUUGCAGGCUGCAUCACUCCAGGGGAAGCCCGUGACCCCUGACCCCACCGGUGACUGCUGGGCACAAGAGUGAGAGUUUACAAUGGAAACAACAAUCGUUUGACCUCAGGCUCUAUUAAUUUCCUUUUACUGUGAUUGCAUUAAGGAGUAUAACAAAAGUAAAGUUGUGUCAUGAUUGUAAAAGUAA